GCGCAUGCGCCCCAGCUCCCGGAGGUAAGCGGCAGUGUGUGGGUGGUCCCGGUGAAUGUGCAAGGCCGCGGUGGCUGCGUGACAGGCCUGUGCUACCAAUGCGCCCGCUGGCCAGGAAAACGGCGCCUCUGAUAGAUCCUUUCGUAACACCAGGUACUGUACCAGUAUCUGCGGCUCUGCGCCAGCGGCCGCCAUCCUCCCGCACAACUGAAAGGCCAGGCCUAUCCCCCGAUGCAUGCCGGGAUCAGGGAGGGGCCUUGAGCGCUGCCAUGUUUUUGUACGGCGGGAGUGCAAAGCACGCUGGGACCGGUUGGCUUGGAUUUGAAGGACAGCCCUAUUACUGGGGCUUGGACAGCUUUCUAGCAAGGCUCUUGGAAAUCUGAGGAGGAGAUGGAGCUGGCGAAUACCCUAAGUCAAGACGGCGAGUCCAGAGGAGGUGUUUUAGCUCACUUGGAAAGACUAGAGACUCAAGUGAGCAGAUCCCAUAAAAAACUGGAAGAGCCACAGAGCGCACAGGCAGUGGAAAGUGCUCUUGGAACCAGGAUUCAUGAACUGAGACGUCUGCGAGAUAAGCUGAGGGCUGAAGUGAAACAACAUCAAGCUAGAGUUGAAGCAUCUACUACCAACGUAGAACCCGACCAAACAUUAGAGAUUACUGAGCAAGAAAUUUUGAAGAGAAAACUGGAAAACAUGAAAGCCAUUCUGCAGGCAUAUCGUUUUACAGGGAUCAGUGGGAAACUGACCAGCCGAGGAGUCUGUGUCUGCAUCAGCACUGCUUUUGAGGGGAAUCUGCUGGAUUCCUAUUUUGUGGACCUUGUCAUGCAGAAACCACUUCAGAUACAUCACCAUUCGAUUCCAGUCUUCAUUCCCCUAGAGGAGAUAUCUGCAAAAUACUUGCAGACUAAUAUUCAGCACUUCUUGUUCACUCUCUGCGAGUACCUGAAUGCUUACUCUGGGAGGAAGUACCAGGCAGAUCGACUUCAGAGUGACUUUGCAGCCUUUCUGGCUGGGCCCUUGCAGAGAAACUCACUGUGCAACUUGCUGUCAUUUACUUACAAAGUGGAGUCGGAAGGCCAGUCCUUCCCAUUUUGUGCUAGACUGCUGUAUAAGGACCCCACGACAACUCUUCCAACUGACGUCACUGUUACUUAUCAAGGGACGGAUGUAUUAUCCACCACACGGGAAGAACAGCGAGCGGCCCAUGAAAAUCUGUUUUUUACAAAGCCCCUGCAUCAAGUGUUUACUUCAUUUGCAAGAAAAGGAGACAAGUUGGAUAUGAGCCUGGUCUCCUAGAAUAUUAUUUUCAUUGGGAACACAUCAGAAGUAAAAGGAAAUAUUGCACUUUCUGCUCUCAUGACUAAGGUGACUGGGGUUCCAGAAGAACCUUUCAAGAUUAUCAGGACGAGGCCCAUUUCACGUAACUCGGACCACAGAGGCAAGCAGGUCUUCAGAAUGAAAAGCACGGCUUCCAAGUUCGAGCUGGGGACAGAGCCGCUGCCAGCCCUCGCCGCAAACAGAGCUGCCCCACCUGUGCUCCCAGCCGGGCCCAAAGGCAGCAGCCUUGUUCCGCCUCUGGUACAUUCCUGCUCACAGUGGCCACGGCCUCUCUGGGGGAGGAGGGCUGGUCAGAACUAGGGCUCUGGAAGGAUUAUUCCAGUACUAUAUGCCCAAGAGCCCUACUCUCUGGGGAAGCUACAGGCACACCAAGGAAUAGUAUGGCUGCCCUCAGAGCCCACACAUCCAUAAACAAAUGAACCUAAAGUCUACGUGAGUGUGCACUUCAACAGCUUGGGAAUGUUGGGACUUGGUCAUUUGUCCUUUCCCAAGGCCUGCCUUUGAUUCCAGAAAAUAAACUCUCCCUCCCGUGUGGACUCUCGUAGGGCUCGAGGCCAUUCAGGAGUUGUCUACCACCUGGUGGGGCAGUGUAACCGAGGAGCCGUUAGGGAACGUGGCCGGCUUCUCUCGCCCCUUCAAGAAGAAGGUUAGCAGCUCCCCCUUCCCUUUCACGAAGAUGGGCCCUCUCCUCACGAAGCGGAAGCCGUACUCUCGGAGGAUGACUUGAGUUUCUUCCACCACCUGCAGAGGGAGAACCGAGAGCGUGGGCUUAGAGGGGGAACCUGGGCCGAGGGGCCCGGUGGUACCCACGCAGGGUCCCCGUCCACAGGCUCACGGCGCUCUUCUCCGGCCCCUUCCAGCCUGUGUACCGGUUGGCGGGUGGGGUUUGCCUGGCCCGCCCCUCCGUAACCUUCGUGCUCCCUCUCCUAGGAGGUCAGCCACAGGUCGCCUUGUUUGGCAACUUGUAUGCCUGCUUUUCUGUCCCCUUUGCCCUUCUUGUGGAGCUUUCCUGCCAGAGCCAGUGAUACAGAUCAGGGUGGUUUUGGGGGGAGCUGUUGGAGGCCCAAGGUGUCACCGGUUCACACCAAGAGGCAGGACAUUUUUUUUUUUUUUGCGGUACAUGGGCCUCUCACUGCUGUGGCCUCUCCCGUUGCGGAGCACAGGCUCCGGACGCGCAGGCUCAGCGGCCGUGGCUCACGGGCCCAGCCGCUCUGCGGCAUGUGGGAUCUUCCCGGACCGGGGCACGAACCCGUGUCCCCUGCAUCGGCAGGUGGACUCUCAACCACUGUGCCACCAGGGAAGCCCGAGGCAGGAUAUUCUUAUCCAGAACUUAAACCUACAUUUUGCAAGUGGGGUUGGAGUAUCUUCUGUUUUACUGAGGCAUCUCUUCCCACUCUUGCCCUUGAUCUCAGCAUUGCCUAAUUAACGUGCUGGGCCAACAGAACGGAGGCAGCAGUGCCCGGCAAAACACGCGUUAUUCCGAGUCCACUCCCUGGAUCUGAGCGCACGGUCGGCUCUGUUGCUGGACGUGGACGUACCUGAAUGUUGCCCAUGACCCCUGUGGACUCCAUCCUGCUGGCUACAUUGACUGUAUUGCCCCAGAUGUCAUAGUGUGGUUUCCGGGCUCCGAUGACGCCAGCCAGUACCCCUCCUUUGUUCAUGCCUGAGGUAGAGGCACAGAAUUCAGCACUGCCCCAUCUCAGAAGCCACCAACUCUUCUCACGGAAUUUGCCACCUGGCUCCCACCACAAAGCUCCUAGUUAUGUAACAUACUCUUCAUCAAGCCUAAGCUACCGGAGGACAGAAGUCACGUGUCCUCCUCACCCUCCUCACUCUGUGCUCGGUAAAUGUCAGCCACCCCGAUAUGCUAACUCAUUUAGUACAGAAGUUGCCAGUUUCUCUCUUGACACACCUGGUACUUCAAGUCUCCUGUGACCUUGCCCAGGAUCGAGACCCCCUUCCCAGUAGUGGGUGGCAGGUGACAUGAAUCCUAACAGGCUGGACUGAGGUGAACAAGGCCCUCAGGCACAGAAGAUUCCCUGGAAAGGUAGACAAACUCAAGUCCCAGCCGGAUUGAGAAAGAAGGCCAUCAUUGUAAACAGCGUGGGACAGGGAUGGCUGACCAUUUCAUCGCACUUUCAGUUUGAUCAUCAACCUAAAGACCCUUAAGGUCCCUUCCAGCUCAAUGAGUAUGACCCUCCCCAGCCAAAACGCCUAGGGUCUUUCUAAGCCCCGUCCUCCCUGAUUUGCCGAGCCCCCUGCACCAGGGGGAGCACGGCAGGAGUGUGCAAGCCGAGAGGCCUUACCAAUGCGCAACAUGAAGUUGUUGAAGGACUGGUUGUUGAUAUUGGUGAGCGUGUCUUUCAUGGCAAGUGCGAAGUCGGCCAGAUCCGCCAGGUGCUGCCAGCGCUCCUUGUCUGACUUCUCCUGCACGAGAAAGCAACUGUGAGUGCCAAGGCCAGCCGGACGCCUGCCUUCCCUUCACCUGCUAGUUACAGGCCUUGUUCUGCACUUCCUCCCACAGGGGAGCCAGGGACCUCUUUAGCUCUGACUUGUCACUGUGACAGCUCACCUGCGUCCCUCUGGGUCCAGGGCAAGGAUGGGCAGAGGUGGUGGGGAAGGCAAAUCCUUCCCAGCCCAGCUGCUGUCUGCCAUGCAUCUGGCAGGGUCGUGUCACCACCCUAUCUGAACCUGGCCUUUGAAUUUUGUAUCGUUGUCCUCAUUUUGUUUCUUCAAGUAGAUUGUAAGCACUUGAGGGUGAUGACCAUUCUAGAUGUGUUUCUUUAACCUCAUCCAUAAAGUGGAGAUCGCAGUAGGACUUACACUGUACAGCACAGUUGUGAGAUAAACUAGGGUAAUGUUUUAAGAACAGCCCUUGGGACCAGGGUCCCCACAGUUCAUUUCCUCUCCCUCUGGCGCUAAGCACAGCUGGCCUCACAGGGCUGAGCUAACAGGAGAAUAAUCUGUCAGCCAGUGAGCGUUGACGACUUCCCUCUCCUAAUAAAACCAUUUCCCCAGCCCGGACAUCUUCACUGUUACCUAACUGUGUAGAUAGUUCCUGCUCCCCAGUUCUUAUGAAAGUAUAGAGCGUUAAGAGGGCAUGGCCACAGGCACAUGAAAAGAUGCUCAACAUUGCUAAUUAUUAGAGAAAUGCAAAUCAAAACUAUAAUGAGGUAUCACCUCACACCAGUCAGAAUGGCCAUCAUUAAAAAGUCUACAAAUAACAAAUGCUGGAGAGGGUGUGGAGAAAAGGGAACCCUCCUACACUGUUGGCAGGAAUGGAAAUUGGUGCAGCCACUAUGGAGAGUCCUCAAAAAACUAAAAAUAGAGUUGCUAUAUGAUCCCCCAGCCCUAUUCCUAGGCAUAUAUCUGGAGAAAACUUUAAUUUGAAAAGAUACAUGUACCCCAAUGUUCACUGUAGCACUAUUCACAAUAGCCAAGACAUGGAAACAACCUAAAUGUCCAUCAACAGAUGAAUGGAUAAAAAAGAUGUAGUACAUAUAUACAAUGGAGUAUUAGCCAUAAAAGAAUGAAAUAAUGCCAUUUGCAGCAACAUGAAUGGACCUAGAGAUUACCAUGCUAAGUGAAGUAAGUCAGGAAGACAAAUACCAUAUGAUAUCACUUAUAUGUGGAAUCUAUAUGAUACAAAUGAACUUGUCUAUGAAACAGAAACAGACUCAUGGAUGUAGAGAACAGAC